CUCAAAUUUUAGUUUUCUUGUCUUCAUUGCGGUGCUAAAGUUGUUUCUCUGUGCCUCUCUGCAAAUUGUUCUAUUGUAAAAAGCUACCCAGUUAACAUGGGACCUGGAGGACCAGGGGGUCCUGGGCCUGGUGGAGGGCCAGGUUGGGGUCCUGGGCCUGGUGGGCCAGGUUGGGGUCCUGGGCCUGGAGGACCUGGUUGGGGACCUGGGGGACCUGGUUGGGGACCUGGAGGACCUGGUUUCUUUGGGCCUGGUGGGUUUUUUGGUGGGUGUGCAGAUGGUAUAUGCGGCCUUUUAUCUUCAUGCUUCUACUGCUUGUGCUGUUGUUGCUUGUUCCGAGAUUGUUUCGGCCCAGCCAUGCCACCUCCUCCAUUUUGAAAAGAAACCCACGAAUCUGUUGGGCCGUGUCCAUUGUUUGUUUGCAACAACGUUGUGUUAGUCGUUCAAAUAAGGUUUUAUGUCUUAGCUCCAUUGCGAAGUAACUUUUUUACCCAGUGUAAUGUAACGUGAAGUACUGAAGCUAUUGUUAUUUUACUUCUUUUAUUUAUAAUAUAUAUGUAAUUUCAUUGUUGUUUAAGAA